CGCGAACUCGAGACAUUAUAUCUCCACUGUGUUUUUUAAUACGGUACAACAAGGUGGUACGUCCCCCAUAACUGUUCGUCGCAUUAAUGAUUCUCCAAAAUCGUGAAUCGGAUAAUCUACUUUUUUUUUCACGGUGGAUAAACAUACCUAUUCAUGUUAAUUGUGAACACGAAAAUUAUUAUUUUGUGAGUGAUUAGUGUGCAAAGAUAGUAAUUAUUAAGUGUUAUUUAAACGUUCCGGAAGGAUAAACAGCUAUUUAAAUGAAAGGCGUCCACUGCGCUUUUUACGACCAACCAUGACUUUGUAUAGGAUGAUUACCUGACGAUGAGCAUAAAUAGGCCGGAGUGUCGAGUAAUGUUGCGCCGGUGUUUGGCUAUCAUCGUGCGCAAAGAAGGUUGUCAGGGUGAUCCUGGUGACUUUUGGAUGUAUGAAAGUGGUUACAUGCUAUUUCAAGGAUUCAUCGCUGCAAAUGCGGUGUGUUGGUGGAGUAACGCCCUGCAAGGGGCCACGCGAGGGCUCGUGUACCGAGGCUACAUUAGUCCAGGAGCUCUCCUUGUUAGCGCUGAACCAUGUUCCCUGGAGGUUUUACGAGGUGCUUGGGCUCGUAGAGUGCUCCAACCCCCCUCGGGUUACAAGAUAGUUGGCAUUGAAGACAUUGAAGAGUGCCUUGUAACGAGCGUUGCCCAAACUCAAUGGACACCUCUUCCCGAAGCAGUAUGUGCUGUUGUCCUGAGACUUUCCAGUCAGGGGCGUCCGGCAGGAAUUGAGUCCAUUCGAGAGGCUUUAAUACUAGCAUUUCCUCACGUUUCCCCUCCCAGCGAGCGAACAAUUUAUGAUACCCUUGCUCAACUGACAACUGAAAGGAAAUUGUAUCAUACUUCUAAAGGAUACUUUAUUGUAACGCCAGAAAGAAGGCGCUCUAGAAGCCAUUCUCGUGGACGACGGAAACAUGAGGACGGUAGUGUCAGUAAGGGUCUUUUAAUGUCAAAUGAAGAAGCAUUGGUAUUGGUGCAUGGUGAAAUGGCUACCAUUAGAGAUGGUGAUAUCACUCAUCAAUGCAUACAAACAAACUUGGCAGACGUAAUAUGUGGAGGUAAUGCAAGUGAUAAAAUUCUGUAUGCUCGUACCAAUAAAAGGCGAUCAGCGUCAUUUCCCGCUCACAGAAGUCCAGAUAGGAGAGGUUCGUUCAGAUUGUGGGGAACGGCCAGGCGAUUGCGGAGGUCUGCGUCAACACGGACAAUAGCGAAACAUUGCACAGACAGUAGUAGUAGUACAGAUUACCCAAAUAGCAGUGAUUCUACACAGAAUUCGAAAAAGCCGUCACUGUUUACGAGAUUAUUCAGGCGUUCACGACGUUCGCCGUGUCACUUUAAUACGUUUAGCGCCCAGUUUCCUCCAAUGGAGUGGUUUAAUUCCAAAGCCAUACAUUUGCAUAGUGUGUCUACGCAAACUACUGCUACUGACAAGGAUUCUGCUAUUUCCUUACCAUAUUACUUCGAGAAUUCAGAAGUGGGAUCUGCACGAUCAGCAACGUUACCAAGACAGCACCGGAGACAACUUUCCAACGAUUCGACAUACGUCACCUCCUACGUUGAGUCUCGAGAUCAAUCUCCUAGUUUGAAAAGGAACAGUCCUUCUCAUGCUUCUAGCACACUACCUCGUAACUCUAGUAAUUUAAGAAGCCCAUUCCAUUCGACCAGAAGCUACGCAAGCUCACGAAGGACUAGUCGCUCAAGUUUAUCACCCAAAAUUGGUGUUUCAAGUGGCGAAGUUCAAGCAGACGUCGCGCAAAGGUUGAAUGCAAGCAAUUCACCGAUUCGCGAUGCAGUGAAACCGAAUACAACGAAAACCCCUAGUUUAGAAUCACUGAAAACUAGUCAUAAUACUAUAAAGAAGUCGACCAAACCGGAACUCCGGGAGCAUUCGAACGAAUCUACCAGUGCCAUUAACAAAUCGUCCUUGCACGAGUUAACUACCGCCUUCAAAAAUUCUGUUGCCUUAGAUAAUAGCGGCCCAUCGAGCAUCGAGUCGCAUAAAAGUAGUAAAACUGCAAGUUCGGCGACGAGCGGACCUUCCAGCUUAGAAUCACACAGAACUGUUAUAACGCGACCUCCGAAUAACAGCUCCAGUCCGAGUGGAAAUUCAAAACGAUCACCUGCAAAAGUGAAAGAGGGAGACCGAAGUAAAGCAAAAGAAGGACGAAAAGCCUCAAACUUACCGCACAGCAAUUCGUUUACCUUACAGGUAACGACGAAUCAGGGUGGUUCACUUACCAACAAUGCUAAUAACGCAAUGACGGCAACGAUCAACGGCGGUAAUUCUGCAAAUACGAAGAUUUACGUUCAGAACUCUCCGGUGCGUUCGGUCAUUACAUUCGAGAAUGGCCAGAGUGCUGACUCGAACCCUAACGUUGUUAUAAUUAACGGGACAGAACCGGUGAAGGAAACCGUCAAUUGUCCGACAAGUGUUGCUCCAGAGGAUCAGAAAUAUUCCAAAAACAUAAAUUCAAGCGGAUUGAACAACACUACCGUUGACCGAUCGUGCAAGGAACCAAUGAACAACAACCGGAAAUUAUCCCUGCAGAUACCCAUGAAAGAAGGAUUGAAUUACAAAAACAUUUUAAAAAAUCAAGUGGGACUGGUUAGCCCAGACUUGGUGGCAAUACAAAGUUUUGGAGGGUUUACCCGAAAUUCAUUCUGUAGCAACCCUCCCAGUCCCACUAAAAGCUACGAUAGCAUCUGUGAUUCCGCGGGAAGCAUACUGAGCAAGUACGUUUCGGAUUCUAAAACUUCGCUAGAAAAACGAGUUGAAUUACCUAAUAAUUUGGUCGAGAAGAACAUUUUGGGAUCGGAACCGAACAUCUCCUACAAACAGGACUACAGAGAUAAGACGUUGACCAGAGACAGUAAGCUUCAAGACUCGCAAUUUCCGAGUCUGAGCGACUUGAGUUUUAAUUUCACGAGCUUGGCCGCCCAAAAGAUUCUGCAAGGGGUCAGCAUAAAUAGUAUCGAUACAUUGGUGGAAUUGAAUACGGCGGCGGUAGAGAAACAAAAUAAUUGUGACGUGGUACAUACUGAUUUCGGUUUGGUUUGAAAGCGGUAAACUCCUAACUCAACUUUUUGUUUGGAAAAGAUGAUAUUUAGGACCAACCAAAAUGUUACUAGUGGUGCAUUUAAUUUAGUUUAGACAAUUUCAAGGAUGGUAAUUUAUUGCUAGUAUUUAUUCUAUCGCCGGGUAACGUAUGCGCAGUCUUUGGAGUCAGAAUACCAAUUUUAUUAGGUAGGUACUGUAUAGAUCUAUUAAUACAAGGUUUCAGUGCCAUGGCAGCCGUUAUCUAAGAAUGAAAGUGCUCUGGGUGGUCACUAACCAUUUCAUUUUCGGUAUGAAAUUUUAUUGCUGCAAGUGAACUAUCUUACGCCUGUGAGUGAUUUUGAAAAUUGUUGAUACAAUUCCAAUUCACAAAAUUUAAUUUAUAAUCUUUCCACCUUUGGUGUGGUUUGAGUCACAUUGUUAUACAGUGCUAUUAAUUUAGAAGUAGACAUAGGGAUUUCUUAUGUCUACUUUUAAAUGACACAAAUCCUUCUGAAAGAUGCCUAAUUUUUACAACCGAAAUAACAUACGCACGCAUUUUGUAUUGUCAUUCUAGAUUUUUUAAUAAAAACGACAGUAAUAGUUUGCUUUUAGGUUAUGAUGAAGAAAUAUUAAAUUCGGUCGUUAUUUCCCCUUAAGUUUCUUAUGGGAUUCUCUUCCACAAAAAAACAUUCAGUUUCAUAUCCUCCGUUAAAUUUGAAAGUUGUUUACGAUGUCCUAUGUGGGUCACAUUUUUGUCAUUUAAAACUAGACAUAGGAAAUCCCUAUGUCUACUUCUAAAUAAAUAUCACUCUAUAAUUGAAUAUAAAAUGAAUUUAGUUUGGUUAAUGAAAUUCAAUAUUCUGCUGGAAACCAGCUCCAUAACAGCAACCUAAACUUACAAAUAAGAACUAACACAUGCAUUACUGUUGUAGGAAAACUAGUUCAAAUUGAUGCCUAUCGUUUCCUGUUCACUUCUGGCGAUUUUGAUUUGCUGUUUUGUCCAGUAGUAGUGCUAUUGGAGUACAGUGGCUAACAUUGCUGUUCUUCAAUUGUUCAAAGAUGUUUUAUUUCUGUUGAUUAACAUACAUUUUAACGCAAUGUGCUACAUAGUAAUUCGAUCAAGUAGCAAAAGGUAAGAAUACUGAACUCAAAUUAAAGACGCUAAGAUUUGAAUCAACUUUUUUGAAUAUCUUUAACAUUUAUUAACUAACUCUGCAUAAUACCUAGAGAAGUAAUCAAUUUCCUUUGAUAUAUGCUUUAAUGAAUUCCAAUGAAAAAGGGAAGGGGCAAAAGGAUUACAAAAAAAUAUUAGCAAAAGUUCAGAAUACCUAAUGAAAGACAUUUUAUGCUCAUUUUGUCUUGGUAUUUCUCCACAGACGCCAAACCAUCAUCAAAGGUGCACAAAAAUUGAAUAGAAU